CAAAUGAUGGUCUCUUUGAUACAAAGACUGACAUCGAGUCCAUAAUUGUGUGAAAUUAUCAUUGAAUGAGACAUUGAUUACAAUCACUUGCAUCUGGUUUUAGUGCCAUAAAAAUGAUGUCACGAUCCGUGAGGGCAGAGACCAGAAGUCGCGCGAAGGAUGACAUCAAACGUGUGAUGCAAGCCAUCGACAAAGUGAGGAAAUGGGAGAAGAAGUGGGUGACAAUCGGCGACACGACGAUGAAGAUAUACAAAUGGGUUCCCAUUACUAACUAUGAAAGUGUAUGUCAUGCGACGUCUCGAUCCAAAAGCAAAUCCAGCAGUUCUUCGAGUAAUGCCAACAAUAAUAAGGAGAAUAUCCGCGACUCGAAGUCGACUUCUUCGCGCACCUCAUCGCUGACGCCAUCGAUGUUGGCCGCGGCCAACGAGGACUCGAUCACUGGAUUCUCUGAAUGCAGUCAAGAGGACAACAACAUGUCAUCGAUGUCUCAGUUGGGGGUCUCCAUAGCUGACGAGACAUCCAAUAUGAGCGCCAGUCUCCUGGACAACAGCACUGACGCCCAGUUCCCCGACAACUGCGACAAUAAUGACAACAAUGAGUCCAAUGGUGACCUCAAGAGAGAGUCCGUCCAAAGCGACAACUCGCCGAAGAAGCAGAAGACUUGA